UCCAUCAUAAUAGGUUUUAUGCUAAGAUGCUCCAGUUUGGCUAGUAGGCCUAUCGAUCAUUUGGGGUCACGUCUGUCAUGACUCAUACUAUCCUACUUAGGGGACAUCGCCGCGCGUGUCUACCUCAUUCGAGAGAAGUAGUUCAAGAUUCAUGAUCACGUUGUCUACAAAAUUUCAUCUUUAACUUUUGGGGAAUCGUGGACGUUCUUUCGAUUUUGAGGAAGGUUCUUUACGACAGUUAAGUAAUCGUAUUUAUUCGAACCCUUUUCUCCGUAUUGGUUUGCGCUGAGCGCAAUGGCUUCUGACCAGAAUCACCCCUUUCGGGUUCUUAUUUCCGGCCACAGCUAUAUCGAAAGGCUGCGGAAGUUUUCUGUUUCUGUGCCCCGAUUAGGGUUAUUUCGCCCUGGCAUGACUGGGCAGAAUUUACAACUGGCCGAGUGUAACGUUGACUUCUGGGGUGUGCCAGGAUUAACUUUGGCGCGCAUAUACAACUCGGAGGUGUACUGCUAUGAGAUUCGUGUUUUAUCACCUGAUUUGAUAAUACUUCAGAUCGGGGGGAACGAUUUGUGUAUUUCCUCCUAUUCGGCGGAUGAAGUGGCGAGGGAGGUUACUAGAUUUGCCUUCGAGUUACACCAACUUGUAAAUUGUAGAGUACUGAUUUCCCAAAUUAUUCCAAGGGUUCAGUGUCCUGCCGGAUACAAUGACAAGGUAUUUCGGUGCAAUGGGCGCCUUGCUCAGCUUAAUCCAGUUUAUUCACCAGUGUCUCCUUGGAAACAUAAGGGGAUAUGGAACCCUCAGGAUUGGAUAUACAAUACGGAUGGAGUCCACUUCAACGACCUGGGCAACUUCAAAUUGUUCAACAGCUAUAGGGCUGCAGCAUAUCUGUCUUACGCGGCCAUUGUCUUGCAUAAAUGGACAACACCCGCCCAAAGACAAGGGGGAAUAAAGCGAGGGAUGCAGGCAAGAAAGACAAGAAAGGCACUCGUAAACGUUCGUCCGAACAAGGGGAUGGGCAGCGUGGAGCAAAGCGCACUAAACGGGAUCAACCGGCUGAUAACUAUGGCAUUGGUAAUCAGGACAUGACCCAGACAUGCAAGGACAUGAUGGCGAACAUGAAUCUCAUGAUGACAAACAUGAACAAGUUCUUUGCCACGAAGGCACUUUCCCAGGAUCCCGUAACUAUCGAGGACACGGACGCAGCUGGCGAGGUCGCUGGGGCUGAGGCCAACGAGGCAUCCGAGGGCACUGGAUUGUUUAGUAAGAAUAAUGCUGUAACUGAUAUGGGCAAAGCCCGCUUGAGUAGCUCAUUUACUUCGGUUGCUUUGGCCUUGGACGCACAUGUUAAAAUAGAACACAAGGAAAAAAUUUGGGCUAAUGAGUAUGUUGACAUCGCCAAGUUGUUGAAUCCGGCUUCCCAGAAAAAGCAAUCUUUCAAAGUCAAUGGCACUGGCACCGAUGGAGAUGAAACACUCACCUUCUCCUUUGGUGUACCCAAAGUUAAGAUAACCUCAUUUUCGCAAUGGCAGUCGGCUUUCGCCAUUUUUCAGUCCAUUUACCUUGAUAAGUUCCCGGCAGUAUCUAAACAGCUCCUCAGUUAUGAGGCAUCAGUUAAGAAUCUUAUGGUCAGAGGGGGUGACUGGAUGUUCUACGACGAGGGUUUUCGCCGCAAUAUGGGCGUGAACCCCCGUCAGUGGGACGAACCUUUGUGGGAGCUCUGGGUCCGGGCCAUUCACCAAAAGCGCAACAACCCCGCGCAGAUGAACCAGCAGCCCUUUCGCCAAGGCAAGAAGGGUCUUUCAGGAGCCAGUACCCGGAAGUUCCCUGCUGGGACCUGUUGGAGAUACAACGGAGGCAGACCAUGUCCCGCAUGCAACUUCCCACACAAGUGCUCCGAUUGUGGUGGGACACACCCGGCAACCCGAUGCGCUGGCCAGACCCGUAGCACCAGUAACCCUACCCGCCAGCCUCAACUGCAGUCAUCCCCUACCUCCUCUGGCCGACCAAAAUCUAUUGUUACCCUGCCAAACGGACUAAUGCGGUCCAACCAACUACCCGAUGCAAAGCCGGCUGCUUACGCCCAUUAAACCUCAAAUACUUGCUAAAUACUUACAAGGUUACGACCCAACCCUGGCGCAAUUUCUACUCAAUGGCUUUACAGAAGGUUUCUCUCUAGAAUAUCAGGGUCGUCGCUCAAGCCGCGUCUGUCCUAAUUCAACAUCAGCUGGCGAGCACCCUGAGGUAAUUGAUAGGAAAAUUGCAUCGGAGCUGAAGGAAGGCCGAAUCCUUGGUCCUUUUACUUUCCCCCCUACAUCAGAUUUCAGAGCAUCCCCGAUCGGGGUGGUGCCUAAAAAGGAACCCGGGGAUUUUCGUAUGAUACAUAAUUUGUCAUACCCCGGGAAGGGGAUUCUAUCAAUAAGGGUAUUCCCAAAGAUCUCACCAGCGUUCAUUAUUCCUCCAUCUACGAUGCUAUUUCCUACAUUAAAAGACAGGAAAGCCAGGUUUUCCUGUCUAAGUGCGACAUCAAGUCUGCCUUCAGAAUUAUUCCUGUUGCCCCUAGGGAUUACCCUCUUUUGGGCUUCGUGUGGCGCGGGGAAUACUACAUGGAUCGCGUUUUACCCAUGGGGGCUAGUAUCUCCUGCUCUCAUUUUGAGAAGUUCAGUACUGCUAUAGAAUGGAUUUGCCUACACAAGUUAGGGUUUUCCGCUAUGGUCCACGUGCUAGAUGAUUUCCUGAUCAUUUCCCUUUCAGAAAGUUCCUCUAGGAAGGACCUACAAAAAUUCGAAAGAUUUUGCGCGGAGGUCGGUAUUCCGCUGGCCCCUGAGAAAACGUUUGGACCCGCUAUUGCACUUCCAUUUCUUGGCAUUACUCUAGAUACUGGUAAAAUGGAGGCCCGUUUACCUGAGGAAAAAAUCACCAAGUUUAAACAAAAAAUUGAUUACUUUCUCAGCAAAUCCAAAGCCAUGUUAUAUGAAUUUCAAUCCUUACACGGGUGUUUGAAUUUUGCGUGUUCCGUGGUGCUCCCAGGUAAAGCUUUUUCCAGGCGCUUGAUUGAUUUAACUGUAGGGUACAAAAACCCAUUUCACCAUAUUAUUCGUAUUUCAAGGGAAACUAAGAGGACCUUUUAGUUUGGCGUGAUUUUCUCGACCAUUUUAACGGCAAAUCAUUCUUCCAUGGUGACAACUGGUUAUCGAAUGCCGAGCUCAGACUGUUUACUGACGCUUCAGGAAGCAUUGGUUUUGGCGCCCUAUAUAAAACACAUUGGUUCUAUGAGACAUGGCCUGAUACUUGGAAGAAGCUCAACAUCGCUACAUUAGAAUUGUUUCCCAUUGUGUUGGCAGUCUCAAUCUGGGGCAAAGAUUGGGCUAACCAGAAUAUUAUAUUCUUUACCGAUAACGAGGCCGUGGUAUCUGUUAUCAACAAACAAAUAAUAAUAAUAAUA